UCUGAGAGAUACAGAUUUGAUUAGAAUAAUUUUUUUUUUUUUUUAUAUUAGUAGUAUAUGAUAUAUUCGUUCAUCGAGGCCUCACACUCCAUCCCAGUAGGUGGCGGAAAUGAGCCUUAAGCUGGUUUGCCAACCGCCAUUAAACACAAAAGAAGAAGAAGACGACGGCUACGCGGAAUUGGGCUUCACUGUUUCCGCGGGUUGAAGCGGCCAAAAUAACGUGAUAUUUAGCCACCGGAAUGUGAUUUUUACCAGGGAACCCCCCUCGAAACGCGAUUGGGCUAGUUUUGGUCUAAUUCGCGCUGUCGCGUACUGUGGUUGAAACAACGAGUAUUAAUAUUAUUAAUAACAUCCAUCGAAAUCAGAUUUAGCUGGAAUCUUAAACAUUAUGAAGAGCACUUACAAAAUCGUUCCGAUUUUGCUAAUAAUGUGUGGAGUGUUUGAUGCUGAAACAGAUGAAGUGAAGUCAGUGAUGGAGGGAGAUUCUGUCACUCUAAACCCUGAUCUUACUCAAAUACAGGGAAUUGUCCUGCUACUGUGGAGGUUUGGAGAUAAAGGUUCCACCAUUGCUCAAAUUGAUGGAAAUGAUAUCUUAUAUGAAGAUUAUGAGGCAUUUAGAGGCAGACUGCAGCUGAACCAGACUGGAUCUCUCAACAUCACAAAUGUCAGAACCAGUCACUCUGGACUUUAUAAAGCAGAAAUCAGCCACAACACUGGAACCUCAUAUAUUAAGUUUAGAGUUACUGUCUAUGAGUCUCCAUCUGUUAUUGCUGGGGCUGAAGCUGAAAUGAAGAGCGUGUCAGUGAAGGAGGGAGAACCUGUCACUCUUCAUGUUCCUCAACUACAAGGAGAUGAGCUGAUAGUGUGGAGGUUUGGAGAUGAAGGAAAACUCAUAGCUAAACAUGAUAUAGAAGCCAAGAGCUCACCAUUAUAUUAUGAUGAGAGAUUCAGAGACGGAUUGAAACUGGACCAUCAGACUGGAUCUCUGAUCAUCACAAAAACCAGAACCACAGACUCUGGACUUUAUAAAGCGAAGAUCAGCAGCAACAAACAGACUUCAUACAAUAGAUUCACUGUAACUGUCAGUGAACCAGGUCUGUCUCCAGGUGUUGUAGCAGUGAUUGUUGUUCUUCCACUGCUAAUGACUGCAGCUGCUGGCGUUUUAUUUUAUUGUCGCAAGAACUCUGAACUAAAUAAUCAAAAGUUGAAAAUCUCUGAACGACAAAAGGAAACAUCGGGGAUCUCUGAAAAGCUAAAGCAAAUGUCCGAGAUCUCCACACAACUAAAGCAAAUGACCGAGGAUUGUGAAAAAGUAUUGCCUGAGAUAUCUGAACACCAUCAAACAUUGAAGAUCUCUGAAAAACUAAAGGAAAUUUCGGAUGACUCUGAACGACUAAAGCAAAUGUCGAAGUACUGUGAACAAGAAUUGUGCAAGAUCUCUGAACGAUUAAAGCAAAUGUCUUUGACACAGAAAGGGGAGAUCACCGAACAAGAAACACCUUUAAUAGAUGAAGUGGAGAUCUUUGAACAAGAAAUAGGUGCUGAUGGCACAGAAGAAGAGACAACGAGAUCAGAGAUGGCGAAAGGUGAACGUGAACGGUCCAUUAUUGUUGUAGAUACUGCUAUAAGUCAAGCGAUUGGAGGGCCACGUGGGGCUGAUGGGAGAAUCAGAGACAGACAGGGCAAGAGCCUUGUAGUCCGUAACACCGGUACUGAACAUACUGGAGUUUGUACACAUGAAUCAACAGGAAAAGGAGUGAAUGAAGAAACAUCUGUUAUUAUAUGCUAUAACGAUGAGGGUGUGUCUCACAAACGACCGAGAUUAAUAGCCACAACCUUUAAAGCCACAAACUCAUCUCUCACUCAACGUCGCAGCAAUAUGAAGAUCGUGUUUUCAAUGUUUUUAUCCAUGUUCGUCAUUGACGGUGUGUUUGGUGUUGAUGGAGUGAAGACAGUGAUAGAGGGAGAUUCUCUUACUCUACAGACUGAUUUUAUUGAAAUGCAGAAAGAUGGUCUAACAGAGUGGAAAGUUAAUAACACUAACAUCGCAACAAUCAAUAAAGGAACUGGUAAAGUUGAAUACAGUGAUGAUAAACUGAUGAUGAUGUUUAGCGGCAGACUUAAUCUGGAUCAAACUGGAUUUCUCACCAUCUGGAACAUCAGAAUCAAACACUCAGGUGAAUAUAAAGUAGAGAGUAUCAGCAGCGUAGGGACCAAAUCCAAGACGUUCAAAGUUAUUGUGAAAGAAUCUCCACUCAAAUCUGUUGAAGAUAAAGAUGAAAUAAAGGUAUUGUCAGCCACGAAGGGAAAUUCUGAGACUCUACACACUGAAACUGAACUACAGAAACAUGAUCUAAUACUGUGGAGAUUUGGAGCUGAAGGAUCUCUCAUUGCUAAAGGCGAUACAGAAGACAAUCAUAUGUCAUACUAUGAUGAUGAUGAUGGGAGAUUCAGAGGCAGACUGGAGCUGGACAGUGAGACUGGAUCUCUGACCAUCACAGACCUCGAAACUGAGCAUACUGGAGAAUUUAGACUAAAGAUCAUCAGCGACAGAAGGAUCUUAUUCAAAAGAUUCACUGUUACUGUCUCUGAACCAGGUCUGUCUCCAGGUGCUGUAGCAGGAAUAUGUGUUGCUAUUCUACUGGUUGCUGCAGCAGCUGUAGCUGCUGGUGUUGUGAUUUAUUAUCGAAGCAAUCACUAUAAAGUAAAAAGACUAAUAUCGAAGUUCUCUGAACAACUAAAGCAAAUGACAAAGCUCUCUAAACAACUAGAGCAAAUGACCAAAGCAACAGAGGCAGCUCACAGACCGAAAACCGGAGUUAUGAUUUACACUGAGUAUAUAAAAUUUAUGACAUAUGUGGAUGCAGAAGUCUAUGAAGCGGAUAUGAGUGAAAAUGACAGAACCUUGACAGAUGAAACGGAGACAUCUCAACAAGAAACUGUUGCUGAUGUCACACAAAAAGAGACACCGAGAUCAGAGAUCAGAGAAGGUGAAAGGGAACAGUUCAUUGUUGUUGAAGAGACUGCCAUAAGUAAAGCGUUUGGUGCUGAUAAUAUAUUGAGAGACAGACAGGGCAGGAAGAGCAUUGCAAUCAGAGCUGAAGAUGAUGAAGUUCAGAGUCAGACACAUGAUUUGACAGAGGAUGUGAAGAUCUCUGAACAAGAAACACGUGCUGAUGUCACACAAGAAGAGACACAGAGAUCAGAGAUCAGAGAAGGUGAAAGUGAACGGUUCAUUUAUGUUCAAGAGACUGCCAUAAGUAAAGCGUUUGGUGCUGAUAAGAGAUUGCGAGACAGACAGGGCAAAAAGAGCCUUGUAAUCCGUAAAACCAAUACUGAAGAUGCUGGAGUUCAAACGCAUGAAUCAACAGGAAAAGACGUGAAUGAAGAAACACCUUUUAUGAGCCAAAAGGAAGAGGAUGGAUCAAAUGAAUCUUUAUUAAAUUCGGAUUCUGCACAGCUCUACAAAAACAGGAGGAAAAUGUUAUUGGUCUUACUAUUAUUAAUGGCUGGUGGAGAGACAAGUAAAACUGAGAACAUGUCAGUGACAGAGGGGGAUGCUGUCACUCUACAAUCUGAUCUUUCGGAAAUAUUGAAUGACGAUACAAUAUUAUGGAUGUUUGGACCUAAAGACACUCUCAUAUCUCAAAUCCGAAGAGAGGAUGACCUGACCUCAUUUUUGGUCACCGAUGAUGUGGGAUUCAGAGGCAGAUUGCAGGUGGAUCAAAACACUGGCUCUCUCACCAUCAGAAACACAAGAAUCAGACACUCUGGACAAUAUAAACUAUCCUUCUCUAGAGAAAAGACUACAAUCAAGAUAUUUAAUGUUACUGUCUUUGUUGUGGUUGGUAAGACGGACGGAGUUAAGUCAGUGUCAUUGUCAGUGCUGGAGGGAGAUCCUGUCACUCUACAUACUGAUUCUGAAAUACACCAAGAUGCUCUGAUGCUGUGGAGGUUUGGUGAUAAAGGCAUCCUCCUGGCUAAAAUUGACUUUGAGACAAAUGAGACCUCACUAACCGAUGCUGAUGAGGGAUUCAAAGAUCGACUGCAGCUGGAUCAGACCGGAUCUCUGACCAUCAAGAACACCAGAACCACAGACUCUGGACUUUAUGAACUACAGAUCAGAGGCAGUGAGAGCUUGCAGAGAUUCCUGGUUUCUGUAAGUGAUGCAGGUCUUUCUUCGAGUGUUAUAGCAGGAAUAGUUGUUGGUGUUAUUGUUCCUGUUCUGCUGAUCCUGAUUGCCUUUGUGAUCUACUAUCGCCGCAGGAUUUAUAAAUUAAAAAGGCAAAUGGGUCCUAAAAAGGGAUAUUAA